AUGGAGGAGCUUGAGGUUCUGAACCGUCUCUGCAAGGAACUAGGAGAGAGCAUAGAUCCAGUCACAAGGGCACGGGCGGAGCAAAAUCUGGCGGAACUUGUCGAUUCACCACAAUGUCUUCGACGUUGUAUGCUUCUUCUGGAACAGGGCGAUUUACCGUAUGGUCCUAUAGUAGCAAGCAAUACUCUGAUGAAACUUCUCAAUUCAAAGACAGGAAUUCUAGUAGAACAAAAGCUUGAACUCAGUCGGUACCUCCUCAACCUGCUCGGUGCACGCUCAGCCUCGCUUCCUUCAUUCAUCGUGACGUCAUUAUGUCAGCUGUUCGCAAGAAUCACAAAACAGGAGUGGACAUACACUGACAGCAGUGAUCACCAUCCGUUUCAUGCACCAGUUUCGGAUUUAAUUGCUACUAUCGAUGUGAAUGGUGGAAGUCAAAGUAUGCUGGCCCUGCAGUUGCUUUCAACAUUGCUGACAGACUUCAACUCGCAAGCAGGAAUGGAGUCAGUGAAUAAACAUCGCAAAGGAAUAGCUUUAUUCCGCGACUCGCAUAUUUUCGAAAUCUUUGAGACGUCUGUUUCACUGCUUGAUACCAUUUCUCAAAAGGACAUCUCUAGUUUGCAGAUGCCAUUUGUGCUAGCUGUUUUGGACCUGUGUUUAAAUACUCUUCUGUUUGACUUCAUUGGGAGUCUUUCUGAUGAAACUAGUGAGGACAACUAUACAGUGCAGGUCCCGACAAUCUGGAGAACAGCAUUCACUGAUGGGAAAUUGGUUGAUCUAGUAUUCCAGCUUUACCUCAAACUGCCCAGUAUUGCGUCAGAAAAGAUUUUGCAUAUCGGAGUUCAGUUAGCUAGUGUGCGACGAACACUUUUCAACGGGAGCGAACGUCAGACCUACCUCGAACAUGUUGUUGCUGGUGUCAAGAAGGUCAUUGAGAAUCCUGACAAGUUGACGGAACAGCCGGCAUUUCACGAAUUCUGCAGGAUGGUGUCGCGCCUGAAAACGAACUUCCAAUUAUGUGAACUGAUCAAGGUUCCGGAAUAUGCUGCUCUCAUGCGCCUUUUGGCACAAUUCACUGUGGAAAGUCUCAGGAUGAUGGAUUUGUCUGCUAACAGUACGUAUUUCUUGCUCACAUUUUGGCAGCGAAUGGUUACAUCCGUACCUUACGUCCGUAGUAGCGAGGAUCACUUAUUAAAUCUAUACUGUCCGGAAAUCAUGAAUGCUUUCGUGGAAAGUCGGUUGCAAAACGUUGAACGAGUCGUGAGAGAUGGGCAUGACGAUCCGCUAGAAGAUCAGGGAUCUACAUUGCAAAUUAUGGAACAUUUGGCUAUCAUAUGCCGUUGUGAAUACGAAAAAACUGCUCGGCUACUAGCUAAUGCAUUUGAUGAAAAUGCUAGGAUAAUGGAAGCCGGACCGGAAAACGAUGUUCGCGUUCGAAUAGCAGAAGGACGUCUUGUUUGGCUGGUUACACUUAUCGGAACUGCUGUUUUCGGAAAAACAGCCGUGUCCAACAAUGAAGAGCAUGACAAAAUGGAUGGAGAUCUUGUUGCUAGGUGCUUGAAGUUCAUGAGAGUUAAUGAUAACAGGCUUGUUUUUCCAACAAACGUGAAUGCUAAUCCAGGCAAAGGGAAUGUUCGUUUAGAGGUGGCCUUUAUUCACUUGUUGGAACAGUUCCGUCGGGCGUACAUUAUGGACCAGAUAACAAAGUCAAGUCCUGUAUAUGACAAGCUGAACUCUGAGCUUGGUGUAUCUGAUGAAACGGACAUGCUCAGUGUUAUAGUUCAGAAGAUCCUCACUAAUUUGAAGUAUUGGGCUACUAACGAGCAAAUUCUGGAGCUGUCAUUAUCUUUAUUGAAAGAUCUUUCUCUCGGUUAUACAGCAGUUCGUAAACUGUUUCGGCUGCAGGAAGUUCAGCUCCUCCUCAGCAACCAUACGGCUGAGCAUUUUGUGUUCCUUGGUCAAUCCGUACCCUACUCAACGAUGAAACACCGUACUGUUUUCUAUGAGGCGCUCACCCGUCUUCUUACAAUUGAUCUCAACGAUGAUGAACAGCUUUUUGAUCAGUUCAUGCAACCACUGGCAGCGACUAAGCGCGAGCUGACUGCAAUUAUGACCACUCCAAACUAUACCGGAGGGGUAUCUCAGGAUGAACUCCAGAGAGUUGUUGUUGGUCUUUGUCGGGAUCUUCGAGGUGUAGCAGUCGCAUGCACGACAAAAAAUCUGUUCCAAAUCAUGUUCGAUUGGCUGUAUCCGGAUGUGUUCAACAUUAUGCAACGUGCUGUCGAAGAAUGGUCUUCCUGCCCCCAGGUGAUGACUCCAAUAUUCCGACUUCUUGCUGAAUUGUGUCAAAAUCGACAACAACGUCUUAAGUUCGAAAUGAGCAGUUGCAGUGCUGUUCUUUUGUUUAAGGAGGCAAGCAAAAUCAUCUGCUCAUAUGGUAACCGCAUUCUCGUUAUGCCGGAUGUUCCCAAGGAACGUGCAUAUGCAGAGCGCUAUAAAAACAUUGGAAUCAUAUUUAAUGUAUUGAAGUGUGCCUUGAUUGGGGCUUACGUUCCUUUCGGUGUGUUCCGAUUGUACGGUGAUCCUUGUCUUCAGGAUUCCCUUGACAUGUUCGUCAAGUUGUUCAUGAAGAUUCCGGAAGAAGACUUUCACUCGUACACCAAAAUUGCUCAACAUUACUACAACUUGCUCGAAAACGUGGUCCAAGACAACAUUGCUUUCGUGUCCAACCUACAGCCAGAGGUGUUCGCAGCGAUAUUGCGAUCAAUUCAUACUGGUGUCACUUCUCUAGACGCUGUUGUUAUAACUUCUGCAUGCUCUGCUUUGGACACCAUUUUGAAUUACUUGUAUAAGAGAUUCACAAGAUCACCUCACCCUGUGGCUAAGGUAGGCAUGGAACCUGAAGGGGAUUCUUGCCUUGUUGCUGUGAAGAAUCAACCGCAACUGAUGUCUGAUAUUUUGACGUCGAUGAUGACUUCGUUAAUGUUUGGUGAGGUUAAAUGUCAAUGGAGCAUAUCUCGUCCAUUGCUAGGUCUUAUCCUUCUACAGGAAGAAGUGUUUACUAACUUCAAAAGGGAAAUCAUUUCACAACAACCUGAGGAUAGACAUGCUGCAUUUGAUCAGGCUUUCAUCGCCUUAAUGGAUGGUGUUGAACUAUCGCUUACUGUCAAAAACAAGGACAUUUUCACUCAAAAUUUGGCCAAAUUCCGGCGUGACGUUGUUGAAGCAGUGAAGGGCAAGGAAGUUUCACCAUCCGCUAGCAAUAACGAAAUGUGCUGA